AGCCGGCUCAUGGUGGGGGAUGGGGGGAAGAUGGCGGAGCUGAUGCUCCUCAGCGAGAUCGCCGACCCGACACGCUUCUUCACCGACAACCUGCUGAGCCCGGAGGACUGGGACAGCACCUUGUACAGCGGCCUGGAUGAAGUGGCCGAGGAGCAGACACAGUUAUUCCGCUGCCUGGAGCAGGAUGUCCCGACCCGAACGUUGCGAGGAGAAAGUCCAGUUUCAGCAUUGUCCAACUGGAGCAAGCCUUUUUUCAGAGUUCGACAGCAGCUCUCUGGAUGUGGGGAUGGAUGUCAGCCCCCCUGAGCCCCCCUGGGACCCUCUACCUAUCUUCCCAGAUCUUCAGGUGAAGUCUGAACCAUCCUCUCCCUGCUCGUCCUCCUCCCUCAGCUCAGAGUCUUCGCAUCUUUCCACGGAGCCCUCCGGCCAGCUCUCACAGGUUCCUGGAGUAGGGGAGGUGUUGAACGUGAAGACGGAGUCCUUAGCACCCCCACUCUGCCUGCUGGGGGAUGAUCCAGCAUCCCCGUUUGAAACAGUCCAGAUCACUGUGGGUUCUGCCUUCGAUGACCUCUCAGAUAUCCAGACCAAGGUAGAACCCACCUCUCCAUCUUCUGUCAACUCCGAGGCCUCCCUGCUCUCAGCAGACUCUCCCAGCCAGGCUUUUAUAGGAGAGGAGGUUCUGGAAGUGAAGACAGAGUCCCCAUCCCCUCCGGGGUGCCUCCUGUGGGAUGUCCCCGCCCCUUCGCUUGGAGCUGUCCAGAUCAGCAUGGGUCCAUCCCCUGAUAGUUCCUCAGGGAAAGCUCCAGCCACUCGGAAGCCUCCACUGCAGCCCAAACCUGUGGUGCUAACCACAGUUCAAGUGCCCCCCAGAGCUGGGCCCCCCAGCACUGCUGUGCUUCUGCAGCCCCUCGUCCAGCAGCCCUCAGUGUCCCCAGUCGUCCUCAUCCAAGGUGCUAUUCGCGUCCAGCCUGAAGGGCCAGCCCCCGCAGUCCCACGCCCCGAGAGGAAGAGCAUUGUUCCAGCUCCUAUGCCUGGGAACUCCUGCCCACCUGAAGUGGAUGCAAAGUUGCUGAAGCGGCAGCAGCGAAUGAUCAAGAACAGAGAGUCGGCCUGCCAGUCCCGCCGGAAGAAGAAGGAGUAUCUGCAGGGGCUGGAGGCCAAGCUGCAGGCUGUGCUGGCGGACAACCAGCAGCUGCGCAGGGAGAAUGCUGCCCUCCGGCGGCGGCUGGAGGCCCUGCUGACAGAGAACAGUGAGCUCAAGCUGGGGUCUGGGAACAGGAAAGCUGUCUGUAUCAUGGUCUUCCUUCUCUUCAUCGCCUUCAGCUUUGGACCCGUGAGCAUCAGUGAGCCACCUCCAGCUCCCAUGCCUCCUCGGAUGAGCAGGGAGGAACCUCGCCCCCAGAGACACCUGCUGGAGUUCUCCCAACAAGGGCUGGCUAAUGGUGUUGAACCCCUCCAGGAAACCGCCGAGGGCCCUGAGGAACGGCAGCCCAGCCCUGCAGGCAGGCCCAGCUUCAGAAAUCUGACAGCCUUCCCUGGCGGGGCCAAGGAGCUACUACUGAGAGACCUGGACCAGCUCUUCCUCACCUCUGACUGCCGCCACUUCAACCGGACCGAGUCCCUGAGGCUUGCUGAUGAGCUGAGUGGCUGGGUCCAGCGUCACCAGAGAGGCCGACGGAAGAUACCUCAGAGGGUCCAGGAGAGACAGAAGUCUCAGCUACGGAGGAGGUCACCUCCCGUGAAACCAGUCCCCACCCAACCUCCCGGACCUCCUGAGAGGGACCCUGUGGGCCAGCUGCAGCUCUACCGCCACCCAGGCCGCUCACAGCCUGAAUUUCUAGAUGCAAUCGACCGGCGGGAGGACACCUUCUAUGUUGUCUCCUUCCGAAGGGACCACCUGCUGCUCCCAGCCAUCAGCCACAAUAAGACAUCCAGGCCCAAGAUGUCCCUGGUGAUGCCAGCCAUGGCUCCCAAUGAGACUGUUUCGGGCCGGAGCCCCCCAGGGGACUAUGAGGAGAUGAUGCAGAUCGAGUGUGAGGUCAUGGACACCAGGGUGAUUCACAUCAAGACCUCCACGGUGCCCCCCUCGCUCCGAAAGCAGCCGCCCCCAACCCCAGGCAAUACCACAGGUGGCCCUUUACCAGCUUCUGCAGCCAGUCAGGCCUCCCACCAGCCCCUCUACCUCAACCACCCCUGACCUUUGCAGCUCACACUGACUUAGAACUGGUUUUGGGGGAACCUGAUCCUGGGACUUGGGGUAGUUGGUAAGGGAAAGCAGGGUGUGGGGAAUAAGCACUUAAUGGGAGGAGGGUGGGUGGUUCACCUCUCCUCACCUCUUUUCAGAAUAUAGGGCUCCUCUCGUUCCUGGAAACCCCCAACCCCCCUCUUUCCCCGAGGGCACUGCCCAAGGUUCAGUUUAGGGCUGGGUAGCUGCCAUAGCCUCUUUGUUCUUUCCUUUUCCAAUUCAGGAGUAGACGUAGGACUUUGGUCCCCAGGUGGGACAAGGGAUGUUCUUGGGUGGUGGGAGUCGGUUUGUGUGUGUGUGUGUGUGUAUCUUUUUUAUUAUUAUUAAAUAAAACUCGGAGGGAGUUAA